AGUCUAAUAUGGUCUCUACUCUCUACAUUACCAGUCAAGAUGGUCAACACAUUCCCAAUUCAAUUAAUUUUUUUUUUUGGGUUGGAACCCAAUUAAUUAAUUUUAUUUUAUUUCCCCCAAAACCAACCGCCAAAAACACAGUCUAGAGCACCUCCUUCAAUCCGCCAUUAUUUCCACCUUCGUCGAUUCUUCCGCCAUUAUUUCCACCUCCGUUUUCCACCUUUUCCAUUUUCAUCUUCCUCCAUUUUCAUUUCCAAACCCAUUAUAUGAAAUUUAUUACAAUCUUUUGAAGUUUAGAACCCAAUUUCAAACCCUUAAACACACGUACCGACUCUUGCAAUCGCUCCACCACCUAGGGUCGCACGACUAGCCGGAAAACACCGCCUACAGUCGCCUACUGCGCUACUAGCACCACAUAGAGUCGCACGGGUAGCAAUUGAUUGGUUGUUUUGGGCAUUGAAUUCGCAAUUUCGAUACUACUGCCCUAGCUAUUCGCACAACUUUGCUAGCCUCCACAAGACCACAAUCGACUACUGACGCAUUCUACCUCCGGCCAACCACUGCCAACAGGACCAGACGGAAAACCCUAACCAGCCCCAUUAGGUUCACCGCAACUAAGCUAGUAGCAGGAUGGCUCGAAAGAAAUCGCAAGUGCAAGCAACGGACAAUUCUGAAUGCGAGGAAGAAAGAGGUCGUACUGUGCUCAGAAUGGUUGGGAGAGCUAUUCAGGUUGGCACAAAAAUCCCUUUACAGUGGCAUACAACUAGGAGAAUCCCUAUCGGUGUUCAUAGAGGUCAUUUCUCCACCUACAUUAGUGUAGUUGUCCGUGAAAAAGUGAGCAUCACCUACAGAACGUGGUCAGACAUGCCAAAAGCACUCAUUGAUGAUUUGUAUGACAAUAUUUCGAGGGGGUUUCAUGUCCUUGAGGAUCGCAAAGGUUGGAUUAUGAAACAAGCUUGCGUUCGAUGGAGAGCUUUCAAGACUAGAUUAAGGCUCAAGUGGUUGUACCUGAAAGAUGGAACAAUCAAUGAUUCUCCACCAAUGAAAUAUCCUUUCAUAUCUAAAGAUGAUUGGGAAAAAUUCAUUCAAGCUUGUAAUUCUAGGGACUUCAAGAAAUUGAGUGAAAGAAAUAGUGAAAGUUCUAAGGAGAGGACCUCAAAAUAUCGAGGUGGGAGACUUGGCUAUCAAUAUUUUGAAGAAACAAUUGAAAAAGAGCUGGAGAAGCAAGGAGUACAUGUUUCAUACGUGCCUCGGCAUUUGACUUGGAUCAAAGCUCAUUCUCACGUGAAGAAUGGAGUUUUAACUUUUGAUAAUCCUGCAGAUAAGGAAAUCCAUGAUGCAAUAAUUAGGCUGGAGGCGCAAGUACAAAAAGGUGAAAUACUCGCUACCGGUAGAGAUGACAUCUUAGCAAGAGCGUUGGACAAGCCAGAACGAGGUGGUUCUGUUAGGGGUGUUGGAUCUGGAGUAACUAACACAGAGUACUUUGGGUUCAACAAACCACCUGCACCUAGUGAAGUGAAUGCUAAAAUGAAUGCAAUGAACUCAAAGAUGGCAUCUAUGAUGAAGCAGCAGAAUUUUAUUGUGUCAUUCAUGAUGUCAUGCUUAAACCAAGAUCAACUGAGAGCAUUUAUGGCUGGUGGUGCUCAGCAAGGUGUUUUUGGUGGUGACACUGACACUACAGGUUUAGGUGGCCUGCUUGGUGUUUCUGGUAAUAAUUUUAAAUGUGGUGGUGACUCUAAUGGUUCUACAAACCAAGGGGCAGGUGGUAUUGGGUUCAAUGAUGCUCAUAUAGACAACACUUUUGAUCAUGAGAUCCCAUUGACACAGCUCUUAAUUGGAGGUAUGGAACACCAUGAUGGUGAAGGGCCACAAUUUAGACACGAUUCACCAGGGGAUAAAUCUCAUGAAGAGGCUUACUAUGCACAUGAAAUUGAGUCAAAUGCAGAAGCUCAUCGUACAAACAGCCCUAUUGUGCAUGAGCCUCAUCUUAAUAACCUCGAGACAGAUCCAUAUCGUGUCCAAUGGCCUGAGGUGAACCAUAUCGAUCAAUUUGCACAUACCACAACUCCCGCAUAGCUAAGUCAAGUUGUGGACACCAUUAGCAACCAUACAUUUCCCGAGGGAUGGAGUGAAUGUUGCUUGGCAAUCGAGGGAAGCGACAAAUCUCUACAAGUUGUUGCUAACGGACAAGUCCUCAUAGAAAGCAGCACGGUAGUUCUUGGUAAUCAUAACACAUCGUUGCCCCCUGGUCAUGGUCGAGUCACAAUUACUGAAGAUAUUGUGCCAACAGCUCCUCUACCAUGCCCAAACAAUGAAUUGCUUUUUGUAUGUCAUGCUAGGAGAUCUUAUACAGCUUGGCCUAACCAUUUGAUUUUCCCCAAAAAGGUAGUAUUCUUCCUUGUUUUUAAGCUGCUGUCUCAUACUGUCUAUGCUUCUUCAUAUUUUUUUCGGUGUGCAGCAGCGCUACUGUGGCAGCGGCAACAGCCCUGCCUGCAGCGGCAGCAGCCCUGCCUGCAGUGCUACUGUGGCAGCGGCAGCAGCCCUGCCUGCAGCGGCAGCAACUAGGUUUUCGGGUUCCUAUCCCCUCUUAGUUUUUGGUGUGUUGUUCCUUGCAUUUUUUAUGAUAGUCUUGUUUUAUUUUUCAUGUGAAAACAUAUUAUAAAGGCGAACAACCAAUCAGAUAAAGAAGUUGAUUCGCCCACACCAUCCCCACAAUCUACAUCCUCCCACGCAUCAACAACUCGUAAGUAUGUUAUUACCGACAAGGAUCGUGAGAAGGUGGCAUCUACUUUGAUGCGUGUGAUGAGAAAAAAAGCUAUGGGGAUGCAAAAGACCGGCGAUACCAUCUCUAUCACUAUUCCAGAGAGCAUGUUUCUUAAUGAAAAUGGGUUAAAUGUUUCACUUGAUUACGAAGACUUGCUUGAUUGGUGUUUCCAAAGGGAGGUUGGAGAAUCGCAAAUGAAUAUAUUCAUGAAGAUCUUGAAAGAACAUUGUCACAAAGAAGGUAUCUCGGGAAUGUAUGGGUUUUGUGACUCAAAUGUUCUAUCGCCUUUGACACCAACGACAAACGACCAAGUUUGAUCUACCUAUUUAGCUCGUGUUUUUGGGUGCAAUGAGGGGAAGAACUAUAAUCAGCUAUUCUUUGCUCCUUUUAAUGACAAUAUGCAUUGGACGUUAGCUGUUAUUAGUCCGUGGAAUGGAUUGGUGUAUUGGCUAGAUCCACUUGGAGUAGAAAAUAAAAUCAACUCAUUCGCUAAAAAGAUCAUCACUGAAGGAAUCAAACAAUUCAGCUCGGUCCAUCGGAAGGACAUCAAGAAAAUAAAAAAGAAUGCAUAUAUUAGGUGGGAGCAACCACAAUGUCCUCGUCAACCAGCAUACACCAAGUAUUGUGGGUACUUUGUUUGUCGAUAUAUGCUAGACAUUGUGCAGAAAAGAGUGCUAUGGGUUUCCAAGCAGGCCAUUGAGCUCUCACUCGUCUGACAGCGGAGAAGAGAACCUCCCCUCUGUGAUCCCUUGCCACCACACCGAGCCCCACCCAACCUUCACUAGCUAGGCAAGCAUCCGCAUUCACCUUAAUUAAACCAUUAGAGGGAGCAAUCCACUUCGAGGCACUCUUCUUCCUUUGAGGCUGCAUUGGUUUGUAAAUCAUACUAGUCUUUCAGAAGGUCAUCUUUACUUUCCCUCGAUUUGUACAUAUUCUUCGAAAGACAUUGAUGAAAUGCGAGAUUUGUGGAUAAAAUAUGUUCUUGAUCAUGAGCCAGAUGAAGAAGAUUCGUGAUGGAUGAGCUUAAUGAAGAAUGAGAUGAGCUUGAGUAUGAAAUUAGCUUACUGUUAAUCAUUAUACUUGUACAUCUAGCUCCAAUUUUGAACUUUUUUUUUUGGAGGAAAAGCUCUACUUUUGACUUUUGUUUUUGAAUAUUAAAAUUAAUGUAAAUUUUGGGUUCAAAUCUGUUGGACAGAA